AAUGUCUGUAUAUGGUAUUUUAUCAUUUUGUGAAAACGGGGUUAAAUGCAGUUAUAAUCUAUGAAACUGAAGUGUUAAUUUUUUGUAUCUAUAAGCUUUAUAAUUUUUCGUAGUCAGAAAAGAACAACAGCUGUAAAAUACUUGAAUUAGGCAUGAAAAUAAAGUAAAUACGAGCUGGUUUACUAGUGCUAAAAUAAUAUUACCGAUGAGUGAUUGUACAACCUACACAUCUUUCUUUCUGUGACUUACAAGUUUCCGGAGGGCAGACAUCCAGCAGUUCACAGUUAUAACAUUUGCAUAUAUCAUAAGACCUCAUUGAUACUGUCAUGGAUAAUCCUGGAUCAGUGCCAACCAAAAAUUUUUUGCAAGACUAAAGAAGGACAAAGAUUCCCUGGUGUGAUGGAAUGCAAACAAGAACAUUCUUUUGUCAGUGGUAAAAAUUGCCCAUAAAUAACUGAACCCACCAUCAAGCUCGGUACUAAGUGAGCAUCUCUUUAGUUCAGGGUGAGACAUCACUGGAGCAAACAGGAGCAGGCUCACACCAAUACGUACUGAGCAGUUCUUGUUCCUCCAUGAUAACCUCAAACAACUUCACUUCAGCUAUCAAAAUUCGUCUUCAAGGUGGACGGCGGUCAAGACAACAAAAACAACCUCUUCCACCACAGUAUGGCUAUGGCCAGGGUCCUCAGUUUUUUGAUGACACCACAAACAUAUACCCCAACCUACAGUUCCAGGGUCAACCCCCAGGGCCAGCUACAGGAUGGAACAAUCAAACCUUUGGACAACCAAGUUUUCCUGGCCAACAGAUCUUAGGUGAUCCAAUGGCUGCCAUGGCAAUGCAGUAUGGUCAGACUCUUGCUGGCCAAGGCAAGGUCAUUGUAAAUGAGAAGUUAGAAAAGUUUGUGUCUGUGUCAAAACUUAAGUACUAUUUUGCUGUGGAUACAGCUUAUGUGGCCAAGAAGUUAGGAUUAAUUUUCUUCCCAUUCACUCAUUCAGACUGGUCUGUACAUUAUAAUCAGGAGGAACCUGUUGCUCCACGAUAUGAUAUCAAUGCUCCAGAUCUGUACAUACCCUCUAUGGCCUUUGUAACAUACAUCCUUACUGCUGGUUACUUGUUGGGAACACAAAAUAAAUUUAGUCCAGAACAAUUAGGAAUCCAUGCGAGCUCAGCAUUAGCCUGGCUGACCAUUGAACUCGCAAUCAUUUUACUUGCUCUGUAUGUUCUAAACAUUGGAAAUUCACUGAAGGUGUUGGACUUGACAGCUUUUUGCAGUUAUAAGUAUGUCUGCAUGAUUGCUGCUGUCCUUGCAAGUUUGAUUUUCAGUUCUCUGGGCUAUUUUGCUGUUUUGUGUUAUUGUAGUUUGUCACUGGAUUUCUUUUUGCUAAGAACUCUCCGAGUAUCACUUCUUUCACAGAGUACAUCGGAUCACUAUGGAGGAGGGAGUCGUCGCAGUCUUUACCUUCUCCUUGUCUUGUGUGUAGUGCAACCCUUUAUUAUGUAUUGGUUGACCCGUCACUUGGUUCUUGAUGUUGGAGUGCAAUCUAAUGUAAUGGAAUAAGUUUUAUACAAACACUUUUGAGAAAUGUAAUAAUAAUAAACUGUAUAGCUUCCACACAACUCACAAAUUUGAUUAUUGUUAUAUUCACUGUAAGAAUUCUAAUAUACUUUUUUUUUGCAAUAAAUUUUUUAAUUUGAUACCAGCUCAAACCAUCCAACUUCAAAACAACAGAUAUUAAAUUCUGUGUUGUAAGAAUCAUGCUGCUUUGUAUAAGUUCUUUCACAUAAUGAUUUUUACAAGUCAUCUAUAACCAAAAUCAACCUUGAUUUUAUGAAAUCUGAAAAUUAACAAGUAAAUAUUUAGCAAUGUAAAUAAAAUUUAAGGUCAUAUCUACUUUCUUCUUUUUUUUAAUGUUCUAUAUGUUAAUUUGAAUAUUGAACAUGCAUGAAAUCAGGACUUCCUCAAAAGAAAAAGUUCUUUUAUUAUAUACCUUGCAUUUGAACUUCUAGCCUCCUUCAGAUGCAAUGUGCAUUUAGAGAAUGCAGCUACUCUCUUGUAGGUUAAAAUCCAAAAUGCUUAUGCCAUUUAACACAAACACAUGUCACUGAUUUAGCUUCAAGUUGUUUCAAGUCAUUAUUCUGAAUGGUUACGUGUUCUUUUUUGCAUUAUGGAGUGGUCUAUAACUAGUUUGGAAUGUUUUAUUAAUAAUGAAUGAAAUACUUCCAGCUUUUAUCAUCUCCAUAUGCAAAAAAUAAAUUGUCUUUUUCAUUGUAUGCAAAGAUAUUUUGAUAGAUAAAUGGAAUUAGGUAUAAGAAAUUGCUGCAGACCACAAAAGUCACAUUAGCAUAUACAUUGUGUCAUUAUAUACACUGUGGUUUAUGUACUCUUGACAACACUUAAUGUAAACGUAUUACCUUAGUUUGUAGGAAUUCACAAACUGCUCUUUACGGUACAUUAAACGUAGAAUCCCUUAACUUUUUACUUUUGCAACACCACAGGAAACAAUUGUUUCUGAUGUCAGUCACUGAGAUAACUGGCAGAAUUUCCAGAGAUAAUUACGAACAAUAAAG